AUGUCGAAUCAGAACGAGCCGUUCUAUCUCCGCUACUACUCAGGUCACUCUGGGCGGUUCGGACAUGAAUUCCUGGAGUUCGACUUCCGUACCCUAGGCGAUGGCCGUAGUGCCGCGGUCCGAUACGCGAACAACUCCAACUACCGCAAUGACUCUCUGAUCCGCAAGGAGAUGUGCGUGAGUGCGGCGAUGAUCCAGGAGGUCAAGCGCAUCAUCAAAGACAGCGAGAUCGUAAAGGAGGAUGACUCCAAAUGGCCUCAGAAGAACAAGGACGGACGACAGGAGCUGGAAAUCCGAAUUGGAAAUGAACAUAUCUCGUUCGAGACCGCGAAAAUCGGCUCGUUGGUGGAUGUGACCGAAUCGUCAGAUCCCGAAGGUCUCCGGGUGUUCUACUAUCUGGUGCAAGAUCUGAAGGCCCUCAUUUUCUCCCUUAUCUCUCUUCAUUUCAAG